AUGAGAACAUACAACACUGAAACCUCACUAUUGGGCCAACUGAUCGACCGUGUCUCCUCGUGGCCAAAGCAACUUCGUAUUCUCGCCUAUGUUCUCAAGUUCAUCCGACGCAAUCGCAGAAAAUCCAACACCGCUACGCUGACAUUUGAGGAGAUCCAUGACGCACGGAUCCUGUACCUGCGCCAUGCCCAAGACGAAUUCCAAGCUGACUUCAAGCGACUCCUGAACCAGCAAGAUUUGGGAAACAAAUCAAAAUUGCGCACCCUCUCACCGCAAAUCGACAAACAUGGACUCCUGCGGAUGGGUGGCCGUUUAGGUAACUCAGAACUGCCAGCGGAUGUGCAGCAUCCAAUAAUUAUGCCCAAAUCUCAUCGCAUAACGAAGCUCAUUCUGGAACAUGAGCACCGGAUUCACUUACAUCCUGGAGUAUCGGCGUUAUUCGUGAUCGCACGCCAACGCUACUGGGUGUUUGGCGCACGCAACCUCAUUCGAAAGAUCACGCAUGACUGUCUAAAAUGCUUUAGACAACGGCAACACACAUCUCACCAAUUCAUGUCAGAUCUGCCGUCUGUCCGGGUUCGGCAGGCAUUUCCGUUUGCAAACACUGGCUGCGACUACGCCAAGCCAAUCACCCUCAAGGUCCACAAGGGACGAAAUCCACGCAAGGAAAAGGGUUACAUCUGCCUAUUUGUAUGCCUAGCCACUUCUGCCUUGCAUUUGGAAUUGGCUACAGAUCUUACAACCGACAGAUUCUUGGCGGCACUCAGACGAUUCAUCUCUCGCCGCGGAAAAUGCUCGCAAAUGUAUAGCGACAACGGGAGAAACUUCAUCGGGGCAAAAAGGGUAUUAAACGAAAUGCAAACUCUUCUGAAGUCAGACGAACACAACAACACUGUACUGAAGGCCCUGGCAGACGAAGGAAUCAAAUGGAAUUUCAUUCCCCCCCAUGCACCACACUGGGGUGGCAAAUGGGAAUCAGCUGUGCGCUCUGUCAAACUGCAUCUUCAUAGAGUCAUUGGCAAGAAUGUCCUCACCUUUGAGAAAAUGCACACACUUCUCGCCCAAAUAGAAGCUGUGGUCAACUCACGUCCACUAUUCUCAACUUCGGACACUGAGGUCAACUAUCUGUCGCCAGCACACUUCCUCAUUGGUCGUCCCAACACGACAGUACCAGAAGGCGAUCUAUCAAAUGUACCAAUCAACCGUUUGGAUUAUUGGCAACAGACUCAAGCUAUGCUGCAAGGCUUCUGGAAACAAUGGCGCAUGGAAUAUCUUACAUCACUCCAGCAUCGGCCAAAGUGGAUGAACAAAUCGGUCAACAUGGCCAAAGAUGACAUCGUGCUCCUUAAGGAUUCUCACACCCCGCCAGCAGCAUGGCCUCUCGGAAGAGUCAUCGAAACGUAUCCAGGGAAGGAUGGAAUGGUCCGCGCUGUACGACUUAGGACACCAACUGGAGAAACCACCCGUCCAAUUGUCAAGAUCGCCCUAUUACCAAAUUCUGAAACAGUGUUUCAGGGGAGGCCGGGAUGUUGA